AUGGGCGGUCCCGAGACACUCACUUGCUCAAGACGGCGACUGGGUUGUCGGCGGCGUCCACCAGGACGACGCUGGUGUGCUCCCCGAUGGCCCGCUUCUGGGAGUCGUCAACGGCUAGCACGAUGGGCACGGACAUGUUGACCACGCCGCCACAGCCGAGGCGGAGACAGUUGAAAUGAAGAGUUUGGAGGAACUCGGCUUCUCUCAUGAAGCCCCUGAGCGGGCUGGCCCACCCCUCGCUCAACACGUGGACCCACUGGAGGUCAGUCCGCGAGAGCCGGACACGUGGCUGACCCGCCAUCUCCCGCCGCCUCGCCUCCCUCGUGGGCCCCGCCGGCGCCACCAGGUCAACCAGCGCGCCGCCGUCCGGCUCGAUGAGGGUCAACGAAACUCUCUCGCCCCUUCUCAUCCUUCUCCCCCCCCUUCCUCUUCGACCCAGAGGGCUGAGAGAUCCGGAAAAGGGCGGAGAAUGGCGAUGGAUGAUCGGGGAAAGGGCUGAGAAUAGGGCAGCCAUGGAGGCCAUUGCCGGGGAAGCAGCAGCUAGAGAGAGCGAGGGGGGGGGGGGAGAGAGAGAGAGAGAGAGAGAGAGAGAGAGAGGCAGGAGCCGUCGUAUCCAUGAACUGUGUAGUUCGGGGAGUGACUUAUAGCGAAGGUUGCCGGCGAAAUGGUAGCGAAGCCGGCGAGGGGGGAUGAAUCUGGACGGUGUCGGGGGAGGAAAAGAUGCCCUGUUUUUAGAAUUCAUACGGCAUAGAAUACCUGGCUUUCAGAAAAGAAAUGGGCAAAAUGAGGUGUGCCCCCUGACAGCCCGGAAGUAGUAGAAAGGAACCUCUCAAUUGACGUCACUCCCCACACUCCCACGACUCAGCUCCGAACAGCGCCGUAACACAAGAUAAAGAAGUUCACCCAGUCCAAGCUCUUAAGAAGUGCCGGACUGUCUUAAAGAUAGAGGAGCUCCUCGUUGUCUUCUCCCUUCUUCUUCUUCUUCUUCUUCUUCUUCUUCUUCUUCUUCUUCUUCUUCUUCUUCUUCUUCUUCUUCUUCUUCUUCUUCUUCUUCUUCUUCUUCUUCUUCUUCUUCUUCUUCUUCUUCUUCUUCUUCUUCUUCUUACUUGUAUUGGAAACUGUACUGAUGACUCCCGGUAUCGCUCCGAACUUCUGAUUGUGCGCAUCAUAUCAUCUUGGUAAAGGAAGCGACGGGCUGGAUAAAAAGCAGUCGCACGUUCAGCUGUCUUGCCGACGAGAAUGUAG